GCAUUGGUGUCACUAUACGGUUACACGGACUGUUUCCUGCCAAGUGCAGAAUGGGUCAGAAACGGUGAUCCAGCGAGUUUAUCAGAGCUGCCGGUGGCCAGGACCUUGUGCCAACUUAGUGAGGACUCUCAUCAGGCCCACAUACAAAAUGUCCUACCGAACUGUGACCACGCUGGAGUGGAGGUGCUGUCCUGGCUUCACGGGGAGCAACUGUGAAGAGGGUUCAUCUGGCUGCCAGCACGGUUACUUUUCCAACCAGGACCAAUGCAUGAACUGCACGAGACUAGCGGAUAUGACCGAGAGGCUAAACACACUUGAGGCCAAGAUCCUUCUGCUCGAGGCUGCGGAGCGAAGCCCGCCGUUGGAAAACAACCUGCCAAUCACUGGGACGACGGCCACGUGGUACGAUGAUUUGCUACCAGAUGCCUUUCCCCUGCUAAAUCCCGGGACUGUCCUGAGGAAAACAGUGGGAUCUGUUGAGCCUAAAGGACACAGAGGUGCAGAGGAGCAGCUAAUACCACAAGGGCUGCCAGGACAGGUUGGUCCUCCAGGCCCAGUCGGACCAACUGGUCUUCCAGGACCACCAGGGCCAAAAGGAGAGAAGGGACAACCUGGUGAGAGGGGCCCAGCAGGGCCACCAGGGCUGUUAGGACCUCAAGGACCGAGAGGACUUCCAGGAGAAACCGGGAUCCCAGGUCCCCCAGGUCCUCCAGGGCCACCAGCCACCCCAAGCCUCCCUCUUACCUUCCAACAAGGGGUUCUCUACUCACUCCAGCCCACAGCUGAAAAAGAAAAUGGAGAACCCCAGCUGGCCUCCACCGUCAUAGACACCAUCAUGGCUGGCCUGCCAGGACCACGGGGAGCCCCGGGCCCUGUUGGGCCACCAGGGCCACCAGGCGCAUCAGGACCCAAAGGGCCACCAGGACCUAUCGGAGUCCCCGGAUCACAAGGCUUACCGGGCUCUCCAGGACAACCCGGGCCAAAAGGCUCCAAAGGAGACCGAGGAGAGAGAGGGCAAGCAGGUCUGACUGGAGAGAGGGGCAUUAAGGGAUUUCCUGGUGAACCAGGCAAGAAGGGUGAGGAAGGUGACAAAGGUGCUGAUGGGGAAGGUGUCCAACAACUUCGAGAAGCUCUGAAGAUUUUAGCUGAGAGGGUAUUAAUUCUUGAGCACAUGAUAGGAAUUCAUGACUCUUUAUCUUCCAUUGAGCCAGGCUCUGGACAAGAUGGGAUCCCGGGCUCCCCUCUGCGAACCAGCAUCAAGAUCAAACGUGGAGGACCCCAGCAGCCGCAGGCCUACCAGAUCCUCUCUUCACUGCUGGAUGACAGUGAAGCCAAAAGGAGAAGCAAUCGGAUGAAGUAG